AUCAGUCUUGUUUGGGACCAAUCUCCGCCCAGCGACCGGGUCUGACCAAAGGGCACCAAGGGGCCCCUCGAAGCUCACACCAAGCCCUAUGCGCCACCGGCCGAUUUGCUGUUGCGGGGAGGUCCCAAGCUAAUCCCAAGAGCCGCGGCGGGGCGCCAAUUCACGGUCCUUGUUAGCGCUACCCGCUUGCGGCGAACGCUUGUUCUGGGUGCACACGACCAGCCAACCAAACACGGCGCCAGUCUAUCAGUCGUCAGCCUGGCCCUUCACUGUAAUGGAGGGGUGCCAAGCUGUCGGCUCGUGCGCCUCGUGCAUCAAUGAACGGGGGUCCCUGUCGCUCGUUCCGCGAGCCCAUCUCGAACGUGGACUGGAUAAAUGUCAAUUGCCUCCCCCUCCGCUGAUCCAGAUCUGACAUUAAAGAGCAGCCGGUCCCAGGGUCUCUCUCGUCUUCAUCAGUCUUUUUCUACCCCCAGCACUGACCUGUCCAACCGCCCAUCAUGGACUACGAAAAGGCCCUCCCGCCUGAUGAGAAGACUACCGUCCCUCACCCGACUGUCGAAAGUCGGGCUGAGGAGGCCGCCGACUGGCGCGACCAGGAGGACUUCAUGACCCGUAACGGUCUGAACAUGAAGUCUUUCCAGCGUCGUCCCCAAGAAGGCCCCAUGGUCGUCCUCGACAAGUCCAUGAAGACGCGCCAUCUUCACAUGAUUGCCAUCGGUGGUUCCAUCGGUGCUGGUUUCUUCGUCGGUUCCGGUGGUGCUCUUUCCAGGGGUGGCCCUGCCACGCUCCUCAUUGAUUUCUCAAUCAUGGGUAUAAUGAUCUUCAACGUCGUCUACGCUCUCGGUGAACUCGCUGUUAUGUACCCCGUUUCCGGUGGUUUCUACACCUACUCCACUCGCUUCAUCGAUCCAUCUUGGGGUUUCGCCAUGGGCUGGAACUACGUUUUCCAAUGGGCCAUCGUCUUACCUCUUGAACUUCUCGUCGCCGGUUUAACAGUCCAAUAUUGGGACGGUGCCAAGGGAAUCAACGUCGCUGUCUUCAUCACGGCUUUCUGGCUAUUCAUUUGUCUCAUCAACAUUUGGGGUACUCUGGGAUACGCCGAAGAAGAGUUCUGGUCGUCGUGUAUCAAGCUUGGCGCAACCGUCGUUUUCAUGAUCAUCGCCUUGGUCUUGGUUCUCGGAGGAGGACCCAGCAACGGCAUGUACUCUGAAUACUGGGGAGCGCGUACCUGGUACAACCCUGGUGCCUUCGCCAACGGUUUCAAGGGAUUCUGCACCGUCUUUGUUACCGCAGCCUUCUCCUUCUCCGGUACCGAACUUGUCGGUCUCGCUGCCGCUGAGACGAAGAACCCUUUGAAGUCCCUUCCUGGUGCCAUCCGUCAGGUCUUCUGGCGAAUCACCCUGUUCUACAUCCUUGGUCUCACCUUCGUUGGUCUGCUCGUCGAGCACACUGACGACCGUCUUAUCGGUAACUCCUCCGGUGACGCCAACGCCUCGCCCUUCGUCAUUGCUGGCAAGAACGCUGGUCUGAUUGGAUUCGACAGCUUCAUGAACGUUGUCAUUAUGGUCUCCGUUGUCUCCAUUGGUGUCUCUGGUGUUUACGGUGGUUCGCGUACCCUCACCGCCCUCGCUGACCAGGGUUAUGCCCCCAAGCUCUUCACCUACGUCGACCGUGCUGGACGUCCUCUUUACUCUGUUGCCUUCAUUCUUAUGUGGGGUCCCCUAGCCUACAUGAACUUGGCCUCAACCGGUGAGACUAUCUUCAACUGGUUCGUCUCCCUGUCCGGACUUGCCGCUCUCUUCACCUGGGGUUCCAUCUGCCUUGCCCACAUCCGCUUCCGCAAGGCUUGGGCUUACCACGGGCACACUCUGGACGAGAUUCCAUUCAAGGCCGCUGGUGGUGUCAUUGGCUCAUGGAUCGGUAUUAUCAUUAUUAUCAUCGUCUUGAUGGCACAGUUCUACACUGCCGUUUCUCCCAUUGGAAAGAGGCUUGGUACUGCCACCGAUUUCUUCCAGGCAUACCUCGCUAUCUUCGUUGUUGCUGCUUUCUGGAUUGCCGGAUACUUCUGGAAGCGCGAGGGAUGGCUCCGAACUGCACAGAUGGACGUUGACACUGGUCGUCGUGAGCUCGACUGGGACCUCAUCAACGCUGAGCGUGCCGAGAUCGCGACAUGGCCAGCAUGGAAGCGUCUCUUGAACCGCAUCUUUUAAGCUUGUCUUUGCAUGAGUUUAGUGUACGGUCUAUGUAUCGUCCAAGUGUUCUAGAGUCGAUUAUCAGUCGAUGAAUUCUUUCAUUACUGACUGAUACAUCACGUCCGCCUUUGAUAUAGGUGAUCUUCAAUGUUAAUAUACCCCUUCUUUCAA